AUGCCCGUUAUUUGCAGCGAAUCGCGGGUUUACCUGGAAUUCCACAACCUGACGACAUUUCCACGACGAGCAUUCGUCAUAUUCUCAGCGAAGGAUGGUGGCGACAUUCUGCGUGACGGCUAUAUCGAUGAGGUUCUUCGAUUUGAUAACAUAAUGACGACGUCGUUAGCAGACAAGACAAAGAUGAGUGAACGAGGUUGUCAUCCGCUCUGCGAUCUCAACAAACCCUUCCACCUGGUGAUGAAAGUGAUGCGCUCCAACGAGACAGAUUCUGGAACUCGACUGGGAUAUCCGGAGAGCACAUUUCACGAUACCCCGUUGUUCAUCGGCAUGCACUUUUACGAUGCACAUGUCACGCCUGGUAAGGAUACUGUUUUACAGUUCAUAUGUUUCGAAAGACACCCGAGCCUUACAAGCUCCUAG